AUGUCUCCUGCGGUUUCUUGCCAAGAGAAAGGAAGUAGAAACAAGAGAAAAUUCAGGGCUGAUCCACCUUUAGGGGAUCCAAAUAAGAUCAUUCUUGCGCCUCAACUCGAGUGCCACAGUUAUGAAUUCUCUGCUGAGAAGUUUAAAAUAAAUCCAAGUCAUUGGCAAGCCACUGCUUGUGAUAUGUGUGGUGUUAGCCAAGAUUAUUCAGAUGCGCUGAAGCUCGGCCUUGGAUUAUACAGUCCUGGAACAUCUGAGGUCGGGCCUAGUCAAUCUAAGGAAGAACCUAAGACAUACGAAGUUAGUGAUGCAGAUUGGAGCGAUCUCACGGAAGCCCAACUGGAAGAACUUGUGUUGAAUAAUUUGGACACCAUUUUCAAGAGUUCAAUAAAAAAAAUUGUAGCAUGUGGCUGCACCGAAGAAGUGGCUAGGAAGGCCAUCUUAAGACCUGGUAUCUGUUAUGGAUGUAAAGAUACUGUGUCUAAUAUUGUUGAUAAUACGUUAGCAUUUAUUAGAAAUGGCCAAGUGAUUGAUAUGUCAAGAGAGCACUAUUUUAAGGAUUUAGUACAGCUUGGGAAAUAUGUCUUGGCUGAAUUGGUUUGUGUUCUACGAGAGAUUAGACCAUUCUUCAGCAUUGGGGAUGCAAUGUGGCGUUUGUUGAUCUGUGACAUGAAUGUGUCACAUGCUUGUGCCAUGGAUUGUGACCCUUUAACUAAAUUAGGUAGCGAUAAUACAGCUAAUAGCGUUUCAUCUGGCCUGGCAGAAUUACAAUCAAAAGCAGAAAAAGUCCCAGAAUUAAGUCUUCUAAGUCCAGGUAAAUCAAUUCCUGCAGGAUCUCAUGAUUCUCAAUCAAAGAAACCCUUUGUGACUGAAUUUACUGGUGUGAACAACUUCAAUUCUCAAAUUAUUGGUGGAACCUCAAAGAAUGAGGGCUCCAGUUGUGAAUCUGAUUGCACUAAUAGAGCAUUCAGCGCUGCUGGAACAUCUCAAUCUGCCCUGAUGGAUGAAAAGUACGGAACUGUUAGAAAGGUACAUUCUGGUAGCACCAGGAGGGACUACAUACUUCGACACAAGUCAUUUCAUGUAGAAAAAAGUCAUCGUUCUUGUGGGUCAAAAGGGUCUUCAAGAGGAGGGAAGCUGAAUGGCUUAAGUGGUUUAAUCUUGGAUAAAAAACUUAAACCUGUGUCCGAAUCCCCUACCAUAAAUUUUAAAGGUGCAUCCUUACAGACAAGUAAGGCAAUGGGAAUUGAUAUGACUCAAGACAAUAUUAAUACUAAUUUCUUAUGUAAUGCCGGCACUUCUAUGCCCACUGCAUUCAACCUAGAUUCUUCUUAUGGUGUUUCUAGAUCGACCAAUACUUCAUAUCCAAUUCAUGCUGCAAAUACUAUACCCGCAUUCUGUUCUCCAGUUUCAUUAUCACCUACCAAUACAGAUCUUUCUCUCUCGUUGUCUACAAAAAUCAAUCCUUCUAAAGAACCGGUUCGCAGCAAUAGCGAGGCACUUAAUGGUACUUUUAUAGGAAUUCCAUGCUUUCAGUUCUCGAGCAAGUGGAUGACUCAUAAUGGAAAGGAUGAGAUGAUUUUGAAGUUGGUUCCAAGGAUUCGAGAGUUGCAAAAUCAACUUCAAGAAUGGACAGAGUGGGCAAAUCAGAAGGUUAUGCAAGCUACUCGCCGUCUGAGUAAAGAAAAGAUUGAACUUCAGACACUAAGGCAAGAGAAAGAGGAAGUUGAACGUCUUAAGAAGGAGAAACAAUCUCUUGAGGAAAAUACCUUAAAGAAGCUCUCUGAGAUGGAAAAUGCCUUGUGUAAAGUUAGUGGGCAGGUAGAGCGAGCUAAUGCCACUGUCCGGAAGCUUGAGAUGGAGAAGGUUGCAUUAAGGAAAGAGAUGGAGGCUGCUAAGCUACGUGCUAUAGAAACUGCUGCAAGCUGUCAAGAGGUGUCAAGGAGAGAAAAGAAGACACAACUGAAGUUUCAGUCAUGGGAAAAGCAGAAAUCCUUGUUUCAGGAAGAGCUAAUGAUUGAAAAACGGAAAUUGGCACAAUUGCUGCAGGAAUUAGAACAAACUCGAAUGCAACAUGAGCAAGUUGAGGCUAGAUGGCAGCAGGAAGAAAAGGCAAGAGAAGAACUUCUCCAACAGGCUAGUUCAUUAAGAAAGGAAAUAGAUCAAAUAGAGGAAUCAGGAAAAUCCAAAGAGGAUAUGAUCAAAUUAAAAGCAGAAAGGAAUCUACAAAGGUACAGGGAUGACAUCCAAAAACUUGAAAUGGAAAUUGCCAAACUAAGACUGAAGACAGACUCUUCAAAAAUUGCUGCACUGAGAAUGGGCAUUGAUGGAAGCUAUGCCAGGAAAUGCUUGUACAUUAAAAAUGGCACAUCUCAGAAGGAAUCCCAGACUUCUUUCAUCUCUGAACUAGUCAUUGACCACAUGGCGACAGGUGGCGUGAAACGGGAACGGGAAUGUGUGAUGUGUCUUUCGGAGGAGAUGUCUGUUGUAUUCCUCCCAUGCGCUCAUCAAGUUGUUUGCACAACAUGCAAUGAGCUCCAUGAGAAGCAGGGUAUGCAAGACUGUCCUUCAUGCAGGAGUCGCAUUAGGCAACGAAUUGCUGUGCGCUUUCCUCGUAAUUGA